CAGAGAAAAACACUGUUCCCUUCAGAAUAAAACAGUUUACUUCUGAAUAAAACUCCCUUCAGAGUAAAACACUGGUCCCUUCAGAAUAAAACCGUUUCCUUCAGAAUAAAACUUUUUCCUUCAGAAUGAAACAGUUUCCUUCAGAAUAAAACUCCCUUCAAAGUAAAACACUGGUCCCUUCAGAAUAAAACAGUUUCCUUCAGAAUAAAACUUUUUCCUUCAGAAUGAAACAGUUUCCUUCAGAAUAAAACUCCCUUCAAAGUAAAACACUGGUCCCGUCAGAAUAAAACAGUUUCCUUCAGAAUAAAACUUUUUCCUUCAGAAUGAAACAGUUUCCUUCAGAAUAAAACUCCCUUCAAAGUAAAACACUGGUCCCUUCAGAAUAAAACAGUUUCCUUCAGAAUAAAACUCCCUUCAGAGUAAUACACUUCUCCCUUCAGAAUAAAACGCCUCUGUGUCCUGCAGCUCUGGUGAGUGUUGCAGCAAACUGCUCUGGAUCAGUCAGCAGGUCUGGACUCAGAUCUUUACUGCAGGACCUCAGCCAGGUUCCUGCGGCGGUGCAGGAGGAAGGUGUUUUUAGCGGCGUGGAGGCGGCGGUGGGGUCAUGUUUUACCGGGGUUAUGACCCCGAUGGCAAGCAAAGAACACGUGUUGUCAUGGCUGAAGAGCGAGCCACGUCUGUUGCUAUGGUUACCCACUUUGCAUCGCCUGGCCGUUAGUCAGAAAGUCAAUCACGCCGUCCGCUGCCAUACCUGCAAGACGGUCCCCAUCACCGGACUCAGGUAUCGAUGUAUGAAAUGUGUGAACGUCCACCUGUGUCAGACCUGCUUCCUGACAGACAGACAGACGAGGAAACACAAAGCUCAACAUCCAGUGCUCGAGUUCUGCACACAGCCCACCUGGAAGGAGUCUCUCUCCUCAUUAGUGCACAGUGCUCGGAACAACCUGUUGCCGCGGCGAUUCACUCAGAGAGAGGCUGACAAGACGAGGAUCCUGAUGUGGGCGGAGUCAGGAGAGACUCCUAACAGUGCUCCGCCCCCUUCUGAUGUCCCGACACGAUUGGCUGCCUCAGCUGUCUGUCACAGUCCCUCCUCUGACAGAGACGUUUCCCAUGAUGCCCUGGUGCAACCUCCUCGCCGCUCAUUUUCAUCCAAAGCUCUGCAGACUGACGAGGAGACGCCGACUCACCAGGUGACCUCUGAUGACCCCUGAAUGUUCUAUAUGUAACCUAUGAUCUAUAUGUGUCCAGCAAAGUUGGGCUGAUUUCCGAAAUGCAAUCAAAUCAGUGUUUUAUUAAUUCAUGUGAAGUCCAGAGAAAAGCUUCCCAACAGCGUGAUUAGAUUUAGUACAAAGUUAGGACAGAGUUAACCUCAGACUGAAACGUGUCCAGAACAUUCAGGACCACCUGUGGAGACUGCACCAGAAGCUGGGAACAGGUGAGGGCUCAUCCAGCGGCUCAGUCUCUGCAGGUCAGGAGGUCCUGGCUCACCGCUUUGAUCCAGAACUCAUGGAUCAAAGAGAACAUUUCUCAACACAAGACUGCAGAGACUUCGGGUCCCUCAAAGUCAGCAGCGCAUUGUGAAGAGACCUCUCGGUGCUGAAUGUACGUGACCUUCCAGCCCUCAGGAGGAACUGCCUAAGACACCGUCAUGCUUCUGUGACAAACAUAUGUGCUCAGGUGGACCAGAGGGAUGUUCUGAUGCCGGUCAAGAUCUGUCUCCUGUUCAAAACGUAUGGAGCAUCAUGAAGAGGGGAAUCAGACAGCGGCGACCACAGACUGUCGAGCAGCUCAAGUUCUGUAUCAAGAAGAAAGGACAAACCUUCAACUGUAAAUCUGGCUCAGUUCGUGGCUUCACUUCCCAAACCAUCAGACAGUGUUAUUAAAGGUGAUGAACACAAAACACGCCGCUGUCCAACUUCUUGCAGUAUGGACAUCUAAUUUUGUUUAUAUUUUCUAAAUAUAAUCACACUGCUCAGUAAAACCACUGAGAAUCUUUUCUUUGGACUUUUGUCAGUCAAAUAAAGUUUCAUGUGAACAAACGA